AUGGCGCUCUGCAGUUUCGCUGUCGUCUGCUGCAUGACGUGCAGCGAGCCGCGAUUCGUGCAAGAACUCGCCAUCGAGAACCAUUUCUCGAGGUUGAAAAGCAUGUAUCGUGGACAGCCGAGCUUGAAAGAUUUCCUUCAUAGCUGUCGCUCUCUCUCAGCACGGCAGGCUCGGCAGCUAGACAGCCUGUCAGUCGAGAGGCUGCAGGACCGGGCGGCCAGUUUCCCAAGAUCCCCGAUGCCGGAGGAUGAGGUGACGAAGCAUUGUCGCAAGGCCUUCGCCGCAGCAUUGCAGACACAGUCAUUCAUCUCGGACGGCCGGAACACCACUGACAUCUACGACACGUUGCUGAAGUUCUGUGGGCCAGACGGGGAGAGCUUCUUCGGUACUGCCAUGGGCGAGUCCGCUUUCGACAUGAUGGACAUCACCCCUGAGACAUCCGAGUGGCUCCCUCGCGAGGAGACGGAGCACAAGUCCCAGCAGCAGGUGGUGUCCAUGCAGCUGUUGCAGACGGUGGAGGACAGAGCCAAAGUCUUGGAGGAGAUCCAGCUUCUUGAAGCAUCCGACACAUCAGAUGCUUGCCAGCCUGCUCGGCAGCCUGCAGAGCAGGCCGAGGAUGCACCACAGGACCCGGAGCUCCUGGUGGAGCUCGCACCUGAGAGCGGAUGCCCAGUCAUCCCCACAAAUCUCGGGAAGCUGCUGAAGGCUGUAUUGGCUGAGGGAGGCAAGGAGUUCAACCUGGACCAAGCGACUGGGGUUCUUUCGGCAGCCGUCCUGAAUGAGUGCAAAGGCCCACUGAACGAGUGGAAUCGUCGUGAGCACGAGCUCGCUGUUGCGAGGCGGGCUAUCAAUGCCAGUCAGGUACGCCUCUCCCGUGCCCAGGCUUGGCACAUGGCGGUUCAGAAGAUGUCCAAGGAGGUCCAGGCCGUCAACAAACAAGUCGAAGCGAACGACCCGGGAAUCCAUGCCCCCGAUGUCUACUUCCCUGCGGGUGACCGGGUGCAAGUGAUUGCCUUCCUCCUCGAGGAACAUGUGGCAGUGGGGCUAGUGCUCAGUGCCUUUCGGGGGUCCCUGGUGAAAAGGCCCAAUGGCAAAGGUGCAGCGGAUGUCAUCGUCAAAACAGCUCGCCCCUUUCCGGAUGAGCUUCCAAGUGUGUCCACCAAGCUCGUGCAUGUGGCCGAGUGCAUCUACGAUGAGAAGCACAGUGAGUACUGCACGAGCUGCGCAUCGAGGUGCCUGCUUGUCGAUCCGGUGAAUUGCAUCUAUGGCCAGUUGACCCUUUCCGUUUCGAAGCCAUCCCAAACCCGGAUGCAUUUUCGCUUGAGCCCGGCCUCUAUGGAGAGCUUGCGCCUCUUGAAGCAGCGGGGCCGCCUGCCCGUUCAGCCGCUUCCAGAAGUGGCUGAGGGCGAGGAUGAUGCCGCUGAUGAGCCACAGGAGCCCGAUGCUGCCCCGUCCCAGGUCUAUCACGACAGAUCCUUCAUGCGAGCGAGCAUGCCUGGGCAGGCCAGAAAGUUCAUGACGGAUCUUGAAAGCUUGUACCGCCGGAAGGGCUGGCCGUUUGUGGAAAGCGGAAUGGUCCAGUUGUCACAUGACAAAAGCGAGUCUUGGUCAGUGCUGCUGGAUCGCAUCCCGGGCUUCUUCGAGCAAGAGUUCUCGAAGCAUCAAGGCUAUCGUUUCAGCAGGGCGGUCCAUGGAUACCUACAGACGCUCAUCCCUGAAAGCGCCGCCAGCGUCAGCAAGGUGAAGAAGUUUCUUGGGCUGGUCUCCCGUGUCGCACCGGGUGUGAUCGACCUCCGGGCGUGA